UCAAGGCGCCGCCCCCACCCGCUUCCGCCCCAUGCGCGCUCCCAUGCCGCCCUAUGAGCAGCGCCAGCGCCCAACCGCCUGGCCAGUCGUGCACCAGCAUGGUGCCGUCCAAGCCCCCCUGGGUGACCGAGUCCGAGCGGCGCUGCUGGCGCAGAAGUCCGCGAGCAGCGAGGAGGAGCGCCGCGACCUGGACCAGCUCGAGAUCGAGGAGAUCGAGGUCCAUCAGAAGCACCUGCGGCUGAUCCACGACCAGAUGGCGGCGCUGAGCGCCGAUGCUCUCAAGACUCGCGCGGAGGUGGGGGAGCUGCGGAGCCACUGCGUGCGCAGCGAGGCGGAGGUCGCCUCCUGGCGGGGCGGCGUCGAGGCCCGGCUCGGUGACCUGCAGGCCGCGUGCGCGAGGGCGGAGGCGAGGCAGCGGGAGGCGGUGGAGGAGCUGCUGGCGGAGAGGGGCCGGGGGGAUCGCGCGUCUUCGGAGGCCGGCGGGCAGCUCGAGGCGUUGGCGGUCCAGCUGGCCCCUCAGCUCCAGGAGCUGCAGGCCGAGCUCGCCCAGGAGAGGUCCUCGCGCCGCGCCGAGGAGGACGCCGUCGCGAGCAGGCAGAGGCUGCUCGAGGAGCGCCUCAGGGCCUUCGAGGACCUGGUCCAGGGCGAGAUCCAGGACCGCGCGGCGGAGUACCGACGCCUCUGGGGCGCCCUGCACGAGCGCGCGGAGGACUGGGCACGCCAGGCGCCCAGCGCCCCGGCACGGCAGGACGCCAGCCCCGUGCCCUCGGAGCGGGGCCCCGGCGCCACCCCGCCCCCGCGCGCCGCGGACCCAGAGCCCCCGCCGCC